UUCGUCUCUUGCAACCAUCAGGCUGUGAUUAGUUUUCCAUUUUCGAUUUUCUACCAACAAUACUGGUCCAAAUCUAUUUAUAAGCGGCGUUUACAGGGAAGUUGUAAUUCUCGUCCGUCCGCCCUCCAUCUUGCAUUAGCGGCGCUUCUCAGCCCACACCUUGUCGCGCCUGGCCAUCACCUUUGGUUCGGCGAACACUUCCCCGGACCCGGCACAGGCGAUACGCCUCCAAGUCCUGACGGGAUAUACCGUGUUUGCUACACCCACAGACUGCUGGCUGCAGGUCACUCUGCAUAUACUGACCCGCAGAAUACCGGCUGAACCGAGUGGUCGGUACAAGUUAGCCCAGGGCUGGCGGGUGGAAACCGGAGUCUUGGGUCCUGGGGAUCAACACCCCCUUUGCCCGUCUCGUGUCUACAUCCGCAUUGGGUGGUUCAAGUGCAAAAUCUACUCAUGCAGACGGCUCGGUUUCGUUCUUGUGCGCCCCCUGUUGUUAUAAAAGUCGACUUGGCGCCAGCUGCGGCUCUGGUUACACGGGGCUGACCCAGUGCUAGCCGUACUCUCUUAUUUCCACGUUUUACUUCUUCCCAACGGACGUUACGUCUUUCACGUUUUAUACCACCAACAAAAUGGACAGUCACAUGAAUACAAGCGAGUGGCAGCAUGAGGAUAUUGCUGGCAACGCUUUGCCGUUCUUUACUAAGCACAUGACGUUGCAGCGAAACCUGCAAACCAUUUCCAGUUUACAUCCGUCGAGCAUACCGACACCGAUAUCAGAGCCGCGACUUUUCGAUGAUGAUAUUGAAAGUGAGGAGAAGGUGCAAUCACCAAUCAAUCUACGCAUCAACGCAUCACUCAAGGUGACCAACAGCAACAAUGUCAUUUGUCUCGCGGCCAGCCCUGCAGAUGAUGCCAAUGCUAUUGCACGAGCAGUCAUCCGGGCUAUGGAGGAACACAGCUCUGGACGUUGUGGCAUUCCCAUGAUCGAUGAGGACGGUGCCCCGCGACCUAUCAAUAUUGAGAUCGAUGCUGGCAUCACAGUCGAGGGUGAAGGGAAUCUGAUAACAGGGCGAGAAGUGGAUGUGGUUCGGCAUUUACAAGAGCAGAUCUCGAAACGCGACGGCGUUGCCGUGAAGCGGGAAAAGAGCGAUAGCCGGGAAAGCAGCCCUUGUCGAAAGAGACGGCAGAGUUGAGAGAGGUGUUGGUUGGUUGGCUUCGGGCGUUCUUCUGCAUGAAAGAGAAGAAUUGAUGAUAAAAAUGAAGGAAGAAAGCGGUUGUUAGCUUGUAUUCAAUACAGAAAAAAAAGAAAACUCUCCAAAAAGCCGGGAUAAUUCUAUCCAUCACCACCUCAAUCCAUCACGACUGAUGACCCUUAUAAAAUAUAAUCCACAGGAGUAUCCAUACAGUACUUACACAACCUUUUCCUUCUCUUUGCCGCUCCCUCCCACCCGCUGAUCGUCUCAUUCGCCGUGUUGUGCUGUAU